ACUGCCCUCCUCUUGUAGCAGUAGGGAUCCCAGCAGGGCACAGUUUCUCACUCAGUCAGAAUGAAAAAAUGUGAUCCUUCUCUAAUCUAACGAUCCGGUUCGGACAGGAGUGUUUCCGGUUUUAGAUUGGCCCGUGUGUGAUCGUUUUUACGGAGUCACACCAGCGGGUACGGAGCAGCAUCUCUUCUGCCAUCUCCUCCCCCUCUCUCUUCUCCUUCUGUUUCUCUUCUCCGCAGCAACAUCAACACCUCCUGAGAAGGUGAGGCGGCCUUUCAUCCUCACACCGCCGAUAUGAGGCGAAUAACGGGGAAGGAUCAGGAUGAAACUUUGAUCGAGCUGCAGAGCGCGAUGGACUCACAGACUGGAGACAGUCUUGCGGUGUUGACUGCAUUCGGGAUAAACCUUUACUCAGAUGAAACCACAGGGAAUGGCAUCAGUUUUUCCUCAGAGAGAGGGGAACUGCCUGGACGUACAGAAACAGACGAACUUCAGGCACACAAAGACACCGUUUUCUUCAGCGACGGGGUUCGGAGGAUAGACUUUGUUUUGUCUUACGUCGAUGACAAAGAUGGAGAAAAGAAACAAGAGAGACGCAAGGAGUUUGAGGCUAACCUGGAGAAAAUCGGCCUGCAACUCGAGACUGACGACAAAAGUGAGUCUAAAGAUCAGAAGACGUAUUUCCUGAAAAUCCAUGCUCCGUGGGACGUCCUGGCCCACUAUGCUGAUGUGUUAAAGAUUAAAGUUCCUUUCAAGAAGAGCGACAUCCCACAUAGUCAGGAUGUCCCACUGGAGUGGCUCACUCGUCCUUUCCGUCUCCCACAUCACAUCAUGCACCCCAGACCAGACUACUUCACCUACCCCUUUGACAAAAGCAAGAUCAACUUUUUCAGUGACAAAGAGUCAUUCUUCCCGCCAUCGACAAGAAACAGGAUUGUCUUCUACAUCCUGGCCCGAUGUCCGUACUACAAAGAGGGGCAAAUAGAAAAGGACAAAACUGGAAUUAAGCGUUUACUCAGCAAUGGGACGUACACAGCAGCUUUUCCUCUUCACGAUUGUCGAUACUGGAAAAGGGCACGGGACUCUAAAUGUGAGAGUGAGCGCUAUGACUUGUAUUCAAACUGGGCCAGGUUUCUGUGCUUUUACAAAGAGCAGCCUCUGAAUCUCAUCAGGAAGUACUACGGAGAAAAGAUUGGGAUCUACUUCGCCUGGUUGGGCUUCUACACAGAGAUGCUGUUCUUCGCAGCUGUGAUGGGUGUGAUAUGUUUCACCUACGGAGUGCUUAGUUACGAUGACAACAUAUCGAGCAAAGAAAUAUGCAACGACACCAUCGGGGGCACCAUUCUCAUGUGUCCACUCUGUGAUAAAAAAUGUCCUUUCUGGAAGCUCAACUCGACCUGUCUGUCAUCCUGGCAAUCCCAUCUGUUUGAUAAUGAGGGAACAGUGUUCUUUGCCAUAUUUAUGGGGAUUUGGGUUACUCUGUUCCUGGAGUUCUGGAAGCGGCGUCAGGCCCGACUGGAGUACGAGUGGGACCUGGUGGAUUUUGAGGAGGUGCAGCAGCAGCUGCAGAUCAGACCAGAGUUCGAGAUCAGCUGCACCAACCGGAGAUUCAACAAAGUCACCCAGGAAAUGGAACCUUACCUCCCCAUGACCAGCAAAUGUGCUCGUUUCUGCUUCUCAGCAGCCACUGUUAUAUUCUGGAUUUCUCUGAUCGUGGCCUGUAUUAUCGGGGUCAUUGCAUACAGACUGGCUGUUUAUGCUGCGUUUGCUAGUAUCAUCAAAGACCCCAUGAGGAGGAUCCAGGUGGUGGGUCGGUUCAUCACCCCACAGUUGGCCACGUCUGUCACCGCCUCCUGCAUCAACUUUGUCAUCAUCAUGAUUCUGAAUUUCUUCUACGAGAGGGUGGCCAUUUGGAUCACAGAUAUGGAAAUCCCAAAGACCCACCUGGAGUACGAGAACAGGCUGACCCUGAAGAUGUUCCUCUUCCAGUUUGUCAACUACUACUCCUCGUGCUUUUACGUAGCGUUCUUCAAAGGCAAAUUCGUGGGCUAUCCUGGCGACUACAAAUACAUGUUUGGUAGAUGGAGAAAACUGAGGAACGAGGAGUGUGACCCUGGUGGCUGUCUGAUUGAACUGACCACACAGCUGGUCAUUGUCAUGGUAGGAAAACAGCUGUGGGGAAACAUCCAGGAAGCUCUGCUGCCGGUAAUGCGUAACUGGUGGAGCCGCAGGAAGGGGCGGCACCAUCCUGAGAACCACUACAGCCGCUGCGAGCAGGACCACGUCCUGCAGAACUUUAGCCAGCUGGGCUUGUUCUAUGAGUAUCUGGAGAUGGUGGUUCAGUUUGGCUUCAUCACUCUCUUUGUGGCCUCUUUUCCUCUGGCCCCUCUACUGGCGUUACUGAACAACAUCCUGGAGAUCAGAGUGGACGCCUGGAAGUUCACCACCCAGUUCAGAAGACCAGUGGCCUCCAAGGCUCGAAACAUCGGAGCGUGGCAGGAGAUCCUGAAUGCAGUGGCUAUUUUAUCAGUUGUAACCAAUGCAUUUAUCAUGGCCUUCACCUCAGACAUGAUUCCACGGAUGGUCUAUCUGUACGCCUACAGUACAGAAGGCAGCAUGAUGGGCUACAUCAACAACAGCCUGUCCGUAUACAACAUUUCAGAAAUACAUCCACACAGCAUGCCGGAAGAACCCGGGCAGUGGUUUGAAAACAUGACCUCUACCUGCAGAUACCGUGACUACCGUUAUCCUCCGGGACAUGAGCGGGAGUACAAGCAAACCAUGCAGUUCUGGCACAUUCUGGCAGCUAAAAUGGCCUUCAUUAUUAUCAUGGAACACGUGGUGUUUGUGGUGAAGUUCUUCGUGGCGUGGAUGAUCCCGGACGUCCCGUCAGAUGUGACAGCCCGUAUCAAGCGGGAACGCUACGUAAUCCAGGAGUAUCUACAUGAGUACGAGGUUAAGGAGCUGAGGAUGCAGCUGAGUGCCAGUUUCGUCACAGAGCCUCGGUCAGAGAUGUCCUUGACCUCGGACAGGAAGGAGGAGUUGUCUGUGGAUUUGUAGCAGCUUGGUCCACUCCUUAAACUAACGAAGCCAAAUGUGGACCAGUGUGGGUCGGCGAUAUGCUGUUUGUGAAAGGAACUGUGCGCAGGGGCUUAUGUCUUUGUCUGUAAAAGACCAUAUUUAAAUGCCAUGAAAUGCGUUUAAAAGAGGAUUAAGCCGAACGUUGUCUAUGACCGAGCGACUGUACGAGCCUGUGGAGCUGUGUGUUCAUUGUUAAUAUGUUCUUUUAUGCAUGUGAUUCCUAUUUGUUCCUCCAAGAGAAGGUGAAGGACUUGAACUGCUUCGGUGGGAAUGUGUGCUAGUGCUAAAAUGUAAACGUGACUGGAAAUGUAUAUCUUUAAAUGAUAAAAAAAAAAAUAGGACAUAACAGCUAGCACUCCUCAGUAAUCCUCGUAUUUUUCUUUGUGUUGCGUUUAUCGAUCUAAAUAAGCUACAUAAAUGUAAGUUAUUGACGUUUCCUAUUUUUUUUGCUACAUCAUAGUGUAUAUGUUUAGUUAUUAAAACUGUGCAUUUGAAAAACAAUUACCUCCACUUGACCACACAGAUCUCUGCAGCAGACGCCGUGGGCCAGCUCUCAUGUCAUUCCAGGACCAAUUAUUGGACUUGAACUAAACACAAGCAGGAAACAGAAAGAACGCUGAACACUGGGCGAUAUCUGAAGAUCGCUGUGACAAAUUCAAAAUCCAUUCAACGCCAAACAAUAACUCUGGGCCGAUGACGUGUUAGACUACUACCUGGAUAAUGUUUUAACCUUCUGUAAUGCUCUCUAGCUGGACUAUUGAGUGUUAAGAAAAACAACCUUUUCUGAAUAUUUUUCCUGAUAAUUUGUUGAUUUCUUGUCUUGUUUUUUCUCGUCUCGUUUAUUACCUUGAGGUUUUAGUUUACAAAGUCAGUUUCAUACUGUUUCUCACAACACUGGAACAUUGUGUUGGUUGAUAGAAGUUUCUGGAAGAGCUUUUGUCCCACUAAUAACUUCUUUAUCAAGGGACCAAACAUAACAAAAAAUAUCCUUUCUGAUUUUAACAUGAUGUGUUUCAGUAUAAAAUAGCCUUUGUAUUCCUGUUGACACUCAGUCAAAGCCAUUGUGAUCCCGGUAUAUUUAACAAGUCAAAAACAACAUUUGACAAAAUGCUCCGGUUCAAAUACCUUUAAAUAUGUGUCAAUCUUUUUACAGGCUACGUGUUCCAGAUGGGAGUGAGCGGCCGAUGCGUGACCCUGAAAGAUGCUUCUUGUUUUUCUGAUGUCAGACAAACAAAUGCCUUAAACGUCCUUGUUUACCUGUUUGGUAUUGUUUUCUAACUAACAGCAUUUCCUACAGUACGUGUGCUUUAAGGUUAUUUGACUUUAACGGUUGCUGCUAAUGGUCUUUGCAAAAAAAAGAAGUUACAGUCACUCCCUGAAUUUACUGUAACCUUCUGUUCAACAGGUAAUACAAUAAAUAAAUGAUGAGUGGG